AUGAAUUCUCCAAAGGUUUCUCGGAGCAGAAAGAAUUAUGGUCUAGAGCUCCCGACAUUAGCCAUGGAAGUAGCACUUUCCCCUAUCAGACAUCAGGAACUGGAUUCUGAAGCUACUGAUGCAUCCCCCAUGGUCAUCAACAUGACUCCCACCACUGAGCAAGAUGGUGGAGAAGAGGCCAUGAAAGAUCAUGAUUCCGGGCAGCAAUAUGAAAAGCCCCCCCCUCUUCACACAGGAGCUGACUGGAAAAUCGUUCUCCACUUGCCUGAAAUUGAGACAUGGCUUCGGAUGACAUCCGAACGGGUCAGGGAUCUGACUUACUCAGUGCAGCAGGACUCAGACAGCAAACAUGUGGAUGUGCAUUUGGUGCAGCUGAAAUUCCUUCCCAAAGGGUGCCACUUUGGUUUUGUGAUAUCAUGGAGAAAAUGCCCUGAUGCUCUAGGGAGCUACUGCACGUUCUACAGUUGUGUAGAAAUGGUUGUCAUAAGGAGCUCUUUAAAGCAUGCCUUUGAUGUCUGCACACCCCGACUCUUGAUACUUCCUCAUGUCAGUUCUCACCUGCCUACGCUUCUCAUCCACAUUUGA